UCAAAAUGAUGGCAAAGACGAAAUCGGGUGGUUCCAGUUUCAACUGACAGCUCAGGGUUUCUUAUUGACAGCUUGCUUAACGGAAUAAUGUCUUACGAUCACAAAAUCUUAUCUCUGUUAUCAUCUUUAGGUGCAUGUUUAGAGUUCUGGUUUUGCGGUGUAAGUAAUUCAGCCAUCAUAACUACCGAUGCUGUUCAUCAUCAGCUUUUAUAGAAAUUUGAGAAUCUAUUUACAUUCCUUCCAUCCGUCCUUCCCUCCGUCCCUCCCUCUCUUGCUCAUUCUCACAAGGCUUCAUAUUUCUUUGUUUCUUGCCUUCUCUGUCCUGAUUAUUCAUUUUGUGUUAUGUCUUGAGUUUGGUGCCAGCGUUUGUACACAUGGCAUGUGAUGGCUAUUACACCGUCCUCAUCAUUCCUCUCCAGAACAGCCUCUACAGCCCUGACGCACUGCACUGCUUUCACUGGCUAAAGAGACGUAGAGACCUGGAAAGACAAAAAGACCUCCUGUGGGCUGGACUACAGGUUGUGGAACAAACACAGCUGUGGUACCAGAAUCGCCUGAAGCUGAAUUUAAAAAGGCAAGUUAGCUUCAGCACAGGAGACUUGGAUGGAGAGGGCAGGUGGUCCUGCGCUAUGCGGUCUUGUAUGCAGCGUGUGAAUGGCAGUCUGGGUAAUCUGAUGAGUGACUCCUGUGUCUGGAACAAUCUGGCCCCAGAGGAGAGUGGUGGAUCGGACUGGGACCUCCGGUGGAGCAAUGCCACAUUGGUCGAGGAAGUGAAUCAGAAGAAUCAACAGAUUUCCAUGUUGGAGCAUGAGAAGGCACAACUUCUUCAGCAGCUGGUGUCUUACAACACACCUGAUUGAUGACAUCCACACAUUUUCAACUUUAAUUACAAAAGGGUUUCAUUCAG